GUGAACAAACUUGGGGAAAGCAGGCUGCCCUGCCCUCAGUUUGCUAGUGGAGAGGCAGCCACACGCUCACCGAAAGCACUUAGUGAUCCUGUGAUGAGUGGCUUGAUGAAGACAAGCUGAGGAUGCUCCUGAAACCCAGAGGGGCAUGGGGGACACUUUUCAGACAAGCGUCCUGGGUUGAGAAGGGGGCAGAUGACGGUCUGCGCGAAGUUUGGCAAAAAUGUCUAUCUUCCUAAAGAUGCUGAGUUUUACUUUAUUUAUAAUGGAUCUCAUCAGAGACACAUCGUGAUUGCAGAGCGCACAGAGGAUAAUGUUCUCCAGUCCAGCAUUCCAGGCCACGGGCUUCAGGAGACGGUCACCGUGUCUGUGUGCCUCUGCUCAGAAGGUUACUCCCCGGUGACCAUGGGUUCUGACUCUGUGACCUACGUGGACAACAUGGCCUGUAGGCUGGCCCGUCUGCUGGUCACCCAGGCCGAUCGCCUCACCGCCAGCAGCCACCAGACCUUGCUGACCCCGUUUGCCCUGACGGCGGGGGCGUUGCCUGCUCUGGACGAGGAGCUCGUGCUGGCCCUGACUCAUCUGGAGUUGCCUCUGGGGUGGACUGUCUUGGGGAAUUCUUCACUGGAAGUUUCUCUGCAUAGGGAGUCUCUUCUGCACCUGGCUGUGAGAUGGGGCCUCACUAAGCUUUCCCAGCUGCUCCUGUGUCUCCCUGGGGGAGCCCAGGCCCUGACGUUACCCAACGAGGAGGGUGCCACGCCAUUAGACUUGGCUUUACGUGGUGGCCACUCCAAGCUGGUUGAAGACAUCACAAACUUCCAGGGCAGGCGUUCCCCAGGUUUCUUCCGCGUGCAGCUCAGCGAAGAUGCCUCUCUGCGGUAUAUUCACUCAUCAGAAACCCUGACCCUGACGCUUAACCACACAGCUGAGCAUUUGCUGGAGGCAGACAUCAAACUCUUCAGAAAAUACUUUUGGGAUAGAGCCUUUCUCAUCAAGGCUCUGGAAGACCAAGAAGCCACGUCAGAGAAACCAGAUAUGCCCUCCAGCGCUGCAGAAACUGAAGAAGAGAUUAAGAAUUCGGGGUGCAGCGGAUCAUCACCUAGGAAGGAGGAUGUAAAGCGUGUGAAAAGCCCAGUGGUUCCACUGAAUGAACAUGAGGACCCGGACAGGCUAGAUUUGGAUCGUUCCUUUGAUGCCCUCAAAAAAUCUAAGCACCCCCCAUUUCUUGCUGCUGGCCAGCUCUCUGACAUGCUGAAUGGUGGUGAUGAAAUCUACGCUAACUGCAUGGUGAUAGAUCAGGUUGGUGAUCUGGACAUUAACUAUAUUAACAUAGAGGGAAUCCCUGCGAAUACCUGUCUUGAAUCUAUGGAUUCUUCUCUGGGGCCUGAGAGCAGCAAAGCCAUCCUUCCUGCUGAAGCCAGAGCCGGUACACACCCACCAAGUAAGGACACAGAAGUGACGUCACACACUGAAGCCAGUGCUGGCACACACCCACCAAGUAAGAGCACAGAAGUGACGUCACACACGGAAGCCCAAGCGCCUUUCGUAUCAUCUAGUUCAUAUGCUUCCAAUUUGAAUCUUUCUUUUGGUCCUCGAGGAUUUGAAAAGGAGCAAAGUCGUCUAAAGAAAAGAAGUUCCAGCCUUGAUGCCCUGGAUGCUGACAGUGAAGGAGAGGGCCAUUCGGAGCAGCUGCACAAUUGCUACACUCCAGUGUGUCAGAGUUCCUCGAGAACUGGCAUUACUAGCGGGGAUGAAUCGGACUCUUUUGAGACCAACACUGAAUCAGAUUUUAAUAUCUCCAGGACGGAAUCAUUUUCUUUAUCAAGUAGUCUGCAGCUGAAGGAAUCAUUGUUUUCUGGAAUCCGUUCACGUUCGUAUUCCUGCUCAUCACCCAAAAUUUCUUUAGGAAAAACUCGAUUGAUCCGUGAUUUUACAGUGUGUAAUUCAGUUGAAGAGCAAAGAGCUUACAGCUUGCCGGAGCCACCAAGAGAAAACAGAAUUCAGGAAGAAGAGUGGGAUAAAUACAUCAUACCUGCCAAAUCAGAAUCUGAAAAAUACAAAGUGAGCCGAACGUUUAGCUUCUUCAUGAAUAGGAUGACCAGCCCUCGGAAUAAAGCAAAGACAAAAGGCAAAGAUGCCAAAGACAAAGAGAAACUGACCCGACAUCAGUUUGUCCCUGGAACUUUCUCUGGGGUUCUGCAGUGCUUGGUUUGCGAUAAAACGCUCCUGGGGAAAGAGUCAUUCCAGUGCUCCAACUGUAAUGGAAAUGUGCAUAAAGUCUGUAAAGAUGCUGCCCCUCUGUGUACCAAGAAAUUCCAAGAGAAAUAUAAUAAGAACAAACCACAGACCGUCCUUGGAAGUUCUUCGUUUCGAGACGUCCCACCACCUGGGCUCUCCUUGCACCCUUCCUCCUCCAUGCCCAUCGGGCUGCCAACUGGGAGGAAGGAGAUGGCAGGGCAAGUGCAUCCCUUGUCCAGAAGCGUCCCAGGCACCUCCAUGGAAAGCUCCAGGAGGCCGGGGGCAUCCUUGGAGUCUGAGAAUGACGGCAGCACCUGGAGAAGCAGGUCUCACUCUGACGAGAUGUUACAGCCCAUGGGCUCGUCCCCCUCCACGGACUCCUUCUUAACGGAAGAUGUCGUGGAUUCAUCUCUGUGGAGUGACCUCAGCGGUGAUGCCCAGGAGUUUGAAGCGGAAUCUUGGAGUCUGGUGGUGGACCCUUCAUUUUGUAGUCAGCAGGAGAAGGAUGUCAUCCAAAGACAGGAUGUCAUUUUUGAGCUAAUGCAGACAGAAAUGCAUCACAUCCAGACCCUGUUCAUCAUGUCUGAGAUCUUCAGGAAAGGGAUGAAAGAGGAGCUGCAGCUGGACCACAGCACUGUGGACAAAAUCUUCCCCUGUUUAGAUGAGUUACUUGAAAUCCACAAGCAUUUCUUCUAUAGUAUGAAGGAGCGAAGGCAGGAAUCCUGUGUGGGCAAUGACAGGAAUUUCAUCAUCAACCGAAUUGGAGAUAUUCUAGUACAACAGUUUUCAGAAGAAAAUGCAAAUAAAAUGAAGAAAAUAUAUGGGGAAUUCUGUAGCCAUCACAAAGAGGCUGUUAGCCUCUUUAAAGAACUCCAGCAGAAUAAAAAGUUUCAGAAUUUUAUUAAGCUCCGAAAUAGUAAUCUUCUGGCUCGACGCCGAGGAAUUCCAGAAUGCAUUCUGCUGGUCACUCAGCGCAUCACAAAGUACCCUGUCUUGGUGGAAAGGAUAUUGCAGUACACAAAGGAGAGCACUGAAGAACAGAGAGACUUAUGCAAAGCACUUUGCUUAAUUAAAGACAUGAUUGCAGCUGUGGAUUUAAAAGUCAGCGAAUACGAGAAAAAACAAAAAUGGCUUGAGAUCCUAAAUAAGAUAGAAAACAAAACAUACACCAAGCUCAAAAAUGGCCAUGUGUUUAGGAAACAGGCACUGAUGAGUAAAGAGAGGACCCUGUUAUACGAUGGCCUUGUCUAUUGGAAAACUGCUACAGGUCGUUUCAAAGAUAUCCUAGCUCUACUUCUGACUGAUGUGCUGCUGUUUUUACAAGAAAAAGACCAGAAAUACAUCUUCGCAGCUGUUGAUCAGAAGCCCUCAGUUAUUUCCCUUCAGAAGCUCAUUGCUAGGGAAGUUGCAAAUGAGGAGAGAGGAAUGUUUUUGAUCAGCGCUUCAUCUGCUGGUCCCGAGAUGUAUGAAAUCCAUACCAACUCCAAGGAGGAAAGAAAUAACUGGAUGAGACGGAUCCAACAGGCAGUAGAAAGUUGCCCAGAAGAAGAAGGGGGAAGGACAAGUGAGUCAGAUGAAGAGAGGAGGAAAGCUGAAGCCAGAGUGGCGAAGAUUCAGCAAUGUCAAGAAAUGCUCAGUAACCAAGAUCAACAAAUUUGCACAUAUUUGGAAGAGAAGCUGCAUAUCUACGCGAAACUUGGAGAACUGAGUGGAUAUCAGGAUGUCCAUUUAGAGCCCCACCUCCUCAUUCAAACAGACCCCGGAGAGCCUCCCCAGGCAGCCUCAUUACUGGCUGCAGCACUGAAAGAGGCUGAGAGUCUGCAAGUGGCAGUGAAGGCUUCCCAGAUGAGCGAUGCAUGCCAAUCCCCUGAGGAAGGUUGUGGAGAACCUGCUUUGCCGGACGUGCUGAAUUCUCAGGACGCACCAGGAUUGUCUACUGCUUCACUAGUCACAGAAGGGACAGGAGGAAGAGGCUGUUGGGAUGUGGAUGCCGGGACCCAGGGUGUGGGAACCGACCUGGCGGUUUCUGAUGCGGGGGAGAAGGUGGAAUAUAGAAGUUUCCCAGGUUCUUUGCAGUCAGAGAUUAUACAAGCGAUACAGAAUUUAACUCGUCUCUUAUAUAGCCUUCAGGCCGCCUUGACCAUUCAGGAUAGCCACAUUGAGAUCCACAGGCUGGUUCUCCAACAGCGGGACAGCCUGGCCCCGGGCCCCGCAUUCCGAGGCAGCCCCUUUCAGGACCAGAAGUCCCGCAGCCUGGAGAAGCAGCAGGAGGAGCUGGCCGACACCCACAAGUUGCAGCUCCAGUUCCAGCAAGACCAGCACCGCUGGCUCCGUAGGUGCGACCAGCAGCAGCGCGAGCAGGAGGCCCGGGCCAGCCGGCUGCAGGAGCGCGAGAGGGAGUGCCGGGCGCAGGAGGAACUGCUGCUCAGGAGCCGCGGCGAGCUGGACCAGCAGCUCCAGGACUACCAGCAGAGCCUGGAGCGGCUGCGCGAGGGCCAGCGCCUGGUGGAGAGGGAGCGGGAGAGGAUGCGGGCCCAGCAGAGCCUGCUGCACCACUGGAAGCACGGGCGGCAGAGCAGCCUUCCUGCCGCGUUUUCUCCAGGAACCCUGGAGGUAAUGGAACUUAAUCAGUCUGAGACUUUAUGUCAUGAAAAUUCAUUCUUCUUCAAUGAAGCUUUAGUGCAGAUGUCAGUUAACCCUUUGAACAAACUGACGCCACCAGAUAUCCAUCAGGAUGCCGCUCACCCCCCAGGCGUAUCUCAUUCUGGUUCGGCAAGGACUAGUGAAAAUCAAGUAGACCUCAAGACGGACGUUUCUCAACCCUCAGAUAUCAACCAUGAACUGUGGAUAGCGGCCGGGGCCUGUCAUCAGAUACCCCCUCUCCAUCAAAGCAGCAAGGAUUCUUGUAAAAAUGAUUUGAACAUCUCUCAGACUGCAUACCCCCUCCUCCAUGACUCAAAUCCACAUGGCCCUCAGCUGCAGACGUUUAUAGCAGAAGAAAAGCUAAAUCUACAGAGAGUGACCAGACAAGACGGAGAAACUGGAAAUGGAGCAGAAGAAAAUAUUGUUUACCUCUAAUUGUGUUGUUAUUUUUCCAAAUGAGACAACAUACUGGCAUUUGGGGGAGAUCUUUUUUUUUUCCUUUCUUGAUGUGUGUGACUGUCCAAAGUACUUUAGAAGUAAUGUUUAAUAUUUUGUGCAGGUUUAUUUGAGGGGCAUGAGUCUAAUAAUUAAAUUAUUGAAACAACUGUGUAUCAUCAUUAACUUAUCAUACCUAAUUUCAGAUUUCUGGAGGAGAAAUUGACUUUAGAUAAGCAGGAAAAAUUUCAAAGUUAUUGGAACCCUAGAGUGGAAUCCCUCAUAGUGUUCUCUACUGGGUCAUCUCGUUUUUGGAAUGCCUCUUAAGAUCGAGAUGAAGCACUUUGGAUGGAAAGAGUAAUAUAAUGGGCAGACUUUCACAAUCAUGGCAGCUGGUUAGGGAGCGUGGCCUCAGGGCCCUCAAAGGCAGAGAAAGAUGUAGGAAAAAUCUUUUCUUGGCUAGUCUUGGGACAUCAAGGGGGUCACUCAUGGUGGUGAGUGUCACAGUCACCAUGCAACCAAGGAGUCCCUGUCUGGGCACCUGUCCUAACCAGCUGGCCACUCUGCUGUGGACACAAUCUGGACACUUAGGACCUGGGCCAGAGCCUAUUCAGAUGCACUUUCUAGGUCCUAAUGUUUGUGGUCUUUCAAGUCACAGUUCGGCAUCCUCUUUCAACACAGCCCAGAGGCAGAGCCCCAGCAAGUCAGUUUGAUGUAAAACUUCAGUAACAAAAUUUUAUUAUUGAAGUGAGGCUUUAGUAAUGACCUUGCUUCUGUCACCUGGCCCUGUUUCCACCAGCUCCGGAAGCACCAAGGACAACCACUCACCGGAAGGACCUCUGGCCUGCAGUGAUUCAAGGACAAAAGCUGCCCUCUUGGUGAAAUUUGCUGCCUGAAUGUGCUUUUCCACAAAGGAACAUUGGCACCUCUUGCCUUCAGGGUAAUAGGAGUCUUUUGUGAGAAAAUAAACCAAGAAAUGUUUUCAGUUUGCUCUUCAGAAGUAUAAGUAUAUACUUUGGUCAGUGUCAAUAAAUAUAUUUUACCUCAGCCUUUCACUUUGAAAUUUUUAAAUUGUGUAGAGCCAUUGUAAAAUAUACACAUCAUACUCAAACACAACCUCCCCUUAUUAAAAAUGAAAAUAAAGGAGAAAUACUAAAUUCA